UUGUGUCAUAAAUUUAUGCAUAACCGGAAAAAGAUAAACAACGAUAACAGUGGCUAAAUAACAAAUAAAUAAAAAAUACCUUACUGUUAAAAACUUGUUUAUAUGUUUAUGUAGAUUAUACAAAUUCUCUCAUACGUGCUGUUAGCUGUUGUCAAAAUACUUUCAAUAAAAGUGGUAUCAAUAUCAAAUUAUCGACGUAAAUAUCAAAGUUCAAGAAAAGUCAAUUUGAGCAAUAUGUCUUUGGGAAAACUAGUGGGAUCAAUUGAUGAAGGCACCACAUCUGCGCGCUUCAUGAUUUUUCGAGCCGGUACCAACAAUGUCGUUUGCUAUCACCAAAUUGCCGUACCAUCUAUUUACCCGCAGGAAGGCUGGGUAGAACAAGAUCCUAUUGUUAUAUACAAUGUGGUAAUUGAGUGCAUUGAGGAGGCCGUAAAGAAACUCGAGAAACUGGGAGGUUCCUUAAAGGACAUCGUCGCUAUUGGUAUAACUAAUCAAAGGGAAUCAACUAUUGUAUGGGAUCGGGCGUCGGGCAGACCACUACAUAACGCAAUAAUUUGGUUGGACAAUCGUACCUCAAGUACUGUCGAUGAACUUGUUGAGACCAUACCAAACAAGUCGCGUAAUAUCAAUUAUUUGAAACCGCUAUGUGGUCUUCCGCUUUCUCCGUAUUUUUCGGCGUUAAAAAUGCGUUGGAUGCGCGACCAUGUCGGUGAAGUUCAAAGGGCAAUGGAAGCAAAUACAUGCCAAAUUGGAACUAUCGAUACUUGGUUGAUUUACAAAUUAACCGGAGGGCGCGAUGGAGGAGCUCAUCUAACUGAUGUUACAAAUGCCUCUCGUACCAUGCUAAUGAACAUAGAGACGUUGAGAUGGGAUCCACAUCUAUUGCGUUUCUUUGGCUUGCCACUCUCCAUGUUACCACAAAUACGCUCAAGCGCAGAGCAUUAUGGUGACGUGACGGUUGGCAUUUUAAAAGGUGUCCCCAUUACGUCAUGUCUGGGAGAUCAACAGGCGGCACUUGUAGGUCAACAAUGUUUGAGCCAUGGACUCGCCAAGUCUACAUACGGAACUGGUUGCUUUCUUCUCUAUAAUACAGGAACAUCUAUGGUUCAAUCGAAGCAUGGUUUGCUAACAACAGUUGGUUAUCAAUUAGGACCACGCGCACCAGUAAUGUAUGCAUUAGAAGGUAGUGUUGCGAUUGCUGGCGCAGCCAUAAAUUGGAUGAAAAAUAAUUUGGAGUUAUUCGAUUCUGUGAGUCAAGUUGAAGAGAUGGCUGGCAAAGUCGAUAAUUCAUUGGAUGUUUACUUUGUACCGGCAUUCAGUGGACUUUAUGCGCCCUAUUGGAAUCAAGAGGCACGCGGUGCUAUUUGUGGUCUGAGUGAAGAAACAACGAGCGAGCACAUUGUACGUGCUACUCUUGAGGCUAUCUGCUUCCAAGUGCGAGACAUUUUAGAAUCAAUGCGUAAAGACUGUGGCAUACCAAUGGCGAAAUUAAUGGUUGAUGGUGGUAUGACCGCAAAUAAUCUAUUUUUGCAAUUGCAAGCCGAUCUGGUAGGCAUUAAUGUGGUGCGCGCUAAGAUGCAAGAAACAACGGCUUUGGGCGCGGCAUUGGCUGCUUAUAUGGUUGUGGAACCUAGCUACGACAUUGCGGCACCGCUUGUUGGCAGCUCAGGCCAAGUGAGCAUUUUCAAACCAACUAUAGACAAUAAUGAAAGGAAUAUGCGUUACAAAAAGUGGAAAAUGGCUGUGGAACGUUGUAUGAAUUGGGAUACUUCAACAUUAACGGAAUCCUCGAAACUCGACUUCUAAGAUUUGGAUUGUGAUGUAUUAUUCUUGUUUUAAAUCAAUAUGAAAUGGUGACCGCUGCUAAUUUGGUGCAAAUAAAAAAUUAAUAUUUUUUAGUAAAUAGAAAACGUA